ACUAUCUCCUGUAAUAACAUCAACAAUUUGUUUAAUUGCAAUUUAGAACAGGAAUCCCACGCCACUUGCAAUUCCAUCUCGGUGUUUGAUUCUCUGCUUCGUCCUUUCAUUCCUCUUCCGAAUCGUUAAUCGUUCGAUCGAUCCAUCUCCCGCUUCCAAUGACAACCCCUACCGACAACAAUAACAACCCUGCACCGGAAAACCCUAACAAAACCCUAGACCCCACCGAACCAGAUCCAAUCCCUGCCACCGAGGACGACGCCGCCGCCGACACUAAGGACUCCGACGCCAAAACUUCCCCGCCGCCCGAUUCUGGAAACGACGCUCCGCUCUCCGAUAUUCAGAAGAAAAUGCGCCGCGCCGAGCGAUUCGGCAUUUCCGUCCAGUUGUCCGAGAAAGAGAAGCGCAAUUCCCGAGCCGAAAGAUUCGGCACUGGUUCCGCUUCGCAGGGAUCAGAGCCAUCGAAAUCGGAGGAGCUGAAGAGGAAGGCUAGGGCAGAAAGGUUUGGAAUGCCUAGUCCUACUACAACUUCUGACGAAGAGGCAAAGAAGAAAGCUCGACUUGCUAGGUUUGCACCUGCUUCCAAAGUUGAUCCUCAAGAAGAAGAUAAGAGGAAAGCAAGGGCUCUUAGGUUUGCGAAUCCAUCAUCAACUUCUAUAGCUAAUGUUAAUGGUGAGGGAAAGAUUGAGCCGGCUGCUAUUGCAGGCAAUGCUGGAGGAGGGACCUGAAUGACAGUUUGCGUCUUUAAUUUGUAGGAUUUUUUCUUUUUUUAGUUUUUAGCAGUUCAAGAUUUGAAGAGCAACCUCCACACAGUUUCUACUUUUCAGCAUAUUAAUCUCAGAUGUGCCUAUCUUUCAUUUGUUCACUGAUGCCCUCCUCUAUGAGAUGGAAGAGAUUCAAGUGGUCUGAAGAAGCUUGUUUUUUGUUUUGUUGUAGCGUUGGCUUUAUAGAUGACAGCUUAAAAAUCUUCAUAGGGUUACUUGUCUUAAAAAUCUUCAAAAAAUUGAAUUUUGGAAUCUACAGCCUAAAAGAAUUUAAUAGAUGAAGAUAUGCAGAAACAAAACUUUUUCUUGAUUAGUUUCAUCCUUAUCGCGGUCUUUAAUCUACUGCUUUUGAAAUGUUCCUUAUCAUUAUCAUUAUCAUUGUGCUAAAAGGUAGUACAAGGUAGGUUUUUUUUUAUCCAACAUCAUGCUGAUCCAGAAUGAGGUAAUGUUAGGAUAGGUUUUGUUGCUUGAUAUGUCUUGGAGGAGUGAUGAUUAAAUGAGAAAAUAGGCCCUCAAAUAGAAUAUAGCUUGUUUGUAGGAUGAACUUGUUUCUGGUUAAUGCUAUACAUCUUUUGGGCAUUGAGGGGAAGAGGGGUUAGAGUUAAGAGUUAACAUUUCAUCAUCCAUAAUCUUGAAUCACUUUUUUUUCUUUUGGUUUUACAAUGGUGUUUUGGGGGUAGUGUUCUUUAGGUUGUCUGUCAAAUUGGCUGAUGGCUUGUGUUUGAAAUUGCUUUUCCUCAAUCCUAGUCUCCUUUAGGUUGUUUGUUAGUGUUUUUUGCUUCAUUGUUUUUCGAUCUUAUUUGAAAGUAGCUUUUAAAGCACAUCACGUUGAUUAGAAGCAUGUUUCUUGAAAAGGGGAUAAAUAUACUAUGUUUGGGUACCUUGUGGAAAUGUUAUCAUGUUUGGUAUAGAGCUAUUGCACUACUUUACUUUGGAUCGGCAGAAAUGUUGAGGCUCAAGUUCCUGGUACUAUCUUCUGGCACUCAAGAAAAGAGUUAGCUGAAUGUUUUGGUGGGGCUGAAUUCUGUAUGUUUUCAAGUCGGUUUUAAAAUUCGGUUUAUUUUCAAGGCUGUAGCUUCCAAUUUUUAUUAUCUUUACUGUCACCUUAAGAUAAGUUAAACCCUUUGAAGUUUGAAGAUGUUUCGUUGUUUACUUGGUUGCCAAAAUUCGGAAUUGUACAUUUGUAGGGCUGGAUGUGGAGGGAACUCUUUACUUUUUGUUGUAUUAUUACCCUGUAAUUUAUUUUAAGCUUUGUUUGUUCUAAUGUUUGGAUGUUAUAUAUUUUGCUAGCCUAGUAUAAAUGGAAGGACCGUUACUUCAUGUGAUU